CACAUUUGAGGAACAGCAGUUCAACCAUCAUCAGUCUAGUCUGGUUUGAGCUCGGAGCAAACAAGACGUUUGUUGUUGAUUUUCUCUCUGGUCGUUGGUUGCAAUCUAUAUCGUGACUGGAAGAUUUUGAUUUCCACACCCUCUUUUCCUUCCCUUUCAACUUUCCCACUUUCAACAGUGAUCCGAUAGCUAAUCGAUUUUUUUCUUUCUGUGUUUUCCAACAAAUUCGAAAAUAAAACAAAAGAGUUCCACCGUAACGACCCGGCGGGGAGCGCAAAAGUCCAAAAUCACCACCCGUGCCCAGCAAGCGGCCGCUGCAGCCGAGGACGCCGAACGGAAAGCCAAAUACUACGGAGGACGAACUGCCAACAAUAGCAAUCUUCAGAAGGGACCACCGAUCAGUUUAGCCGAAGCGAAGAAACGGGGCAAGUUGAAAAUGUCCUCCCAAGGAUUGUUUCUGUCGGAUCAGCCGCUGGGAAUGGAACCGAACCCGGGCCAGCAGCAGCUAAAGGACAUCUACGGAAAUGCGAUGAGUUCGAUCGAUAAGGUCCGCGGAGCUACCGGGCUGGUUUACGACGAACGAAUGGCUCAGCAUCGGUGCCUGUGGGAUGAUCGCUACCCGGAGUGUCCGGAACGAUUUACCCGGGUUCUGGACCGAUGCCGGGAGCUGGGUCUGGUAGAUCGGUGCCAGUUGCUGGAACCUCGAAUGGCCACCGAACAGGAGCUGAUGACCAAGCACACCAAGGAGCAGGUGGAAAAGUUGAAGGGUACUAGCCGUUCGGAGGACUUCGAAGCGAUGGAGGAGCUGAGUUCGCACUACGAUUCGGUUUUUAUUCAUCCGUCUUCGUACGAAUGCUCGCUCCUAUCGGCCGGAAGCACCAUCGACCUGGUGGAAGCGAUCGCGAAGGGUCAAAUUCACAACGGGAUGGCCAUCAUUCGACCGCCAGGCCACCACGCGAUGAAGGCCGAAUACAACGGGUACUGUUUCUUCAACAACGUAGCAAUCGCCGCUCAGCACGCCUUGGAUCGACUGGGGAUGCGCAAGAUCCUGAUCGUCGAUUGGGACAUCCAUCAUGGACAGGGAACGCAGCGGAUGUUCUACGAUGAUCCGCGGGUGCUCUACUUCUCGAUUCAUCGCUAUGAGCGGGGCAGCUUUUGGCCGAAUUUGCGGGAGUCCGACUUCGACUGCAUUGGGGAGGGAGAUGGCCUCGGGUAUAAUUUUAACGUGCCUUUGAACCAGAUCGGGAUGAGCAACGGAGACUAUCUGGCCAUCUGGCAGCAGCUGCUGCUUCCGGUUGCAAUGGAGUUCAACCCAGAACUGGUUAUAGUUUCGGCUGGAUUUGAUUCCGCCCUCGGUGAUGAAAAGGGCCAAAUGGAGAUCACCCCGGCCUUCUAUCCGCAUCUGUUGACGCCACUGAUGAAUCUGGCUCAGGGACGGGUUGCUGUCGUCCUCGAAGGAGGUUACUGCCUUUCAUCGCUCGCAGAGGGAGGAGCCCUAACCUUGAGAACCCUUCUGGGUGAUCCCUGUCCACUGUUGGUCGAAAAACUGGCCCCACCCUGGGAAAGUAUGCAGCAAACCAUUCUCGAUUGUAUCCAUUCACAUAGGCCGUUCUGGAGGAAUCUUCAUCUUAUCGGAACUUACGGAUUGGAGGAGCUGAACAACGUUAAUCCGCAGCCUGAGUUUCACCAGAUUGUGCAGUUCCAUCAGCUUCCGGAGCCUCAACCGGAACCUAUUCGCUAUCCAACUAGGAAUUGCUAUCCCGUGCAGUGUUCAGAAGAGAAGGCGAAGAUUGAAGAACGACUGGCGAUGUUACAGAUCGCAACUCGGUUGACUUUCCCUGCCAAUCGGGUUUGCUUUGUGUACGACGAAGCUUUACUAGAUCAUAGGAAUCUGCACGAAGAUCUACACCCAGAACAACCGGAACGAAUAGCCAAAAUCUAUGCCAGGCAUGAAGAGUACAAACUGCUAGGACGUAUGAGACGGCUUAAGUCUAGGCACGCAACUACCGAUGAGCUGUGUCUAGUUCAUUCCCGGCAGAACGUUAGCAUGGUCCGAAGGACGGUCGAAAAAGAUGAAAUGAAACAAGUGGCCGACAAGUUCAACUCCAUCUACUUGCAUCCAAAAACGUUCGAAUGCGCCACCUUAGCUGCGGGAUCGGUACUCCAAGUUGUGGACGAAGUCUUGAACGGUCAAUCUCGGUCGGGAUUGUGCAUCGUGAGGCCUCCGGGACACCACGCCGAGUCGGACAUGCCUCAUGGAUUCUGCAUCUUCAACAACGUGGCAAUCGCUGCUCAGUACGCAAUUCGAGACCACGGCCUUAAGAGGGUUCUUAUCAUUGAUUGGGACGUCCAUCACGGCAACGGAACGCAACACAUUUUCGAAAGUACCUCCAAAGUCCUGUACAUUUCCGUCCACCGAUACGACAAUGCCUCGUUCUUCCCGAAGAGCAAAGACGGCAACUACGACGUCGUUGGAAAUGGUCUCGGUACCGGGUUCAACGUGAACAUUCCCUGGAACAAGAAGGGUAUGGGAGACCAAGAAUAUUCUGCCGUGUUCCAGCAAAUCAUUCUUCCAAUUGCGUACGAGUUCGAUCCUGAAUUAGUCCUAGUAUCAGCCGGGUUCGAUGCUGCCGUUGGAGAUCCACUGGGAGGUUGUAAAGUGACUCCUGAAGCUUACGGCUACUUCACCCAUUGGUUAUCGGCACUAGCCAACGGUCGAAUAAUCCUCUGUCUCGAAGGAGGUUACAACGUCAACUCCAUUUCCCAUGCGAUGGCCCUGUGCACCAAAAGUCUCCUCGGAGAUCCGCUACCCCUUCUCCACGUCAGUUCCCGCUACAAUGGUCCGAACUCCGCAGCCAUCGAGACCAUACGGAACGUGCUUUCCACCCACAACAAGUACUGGAACUCGCUCAAGUUCCUCAAGAAACUUCCGGAUUUCAACUCAUCGACUACAGCGACCAAUGCCGACCAAUCCGACUUGGACAGUGCCUUCCGCAAGUUGCAACUUUCUGCGAAUUCCACCGUCUAUUCAUCAUCUAGCAGUGGAUCUUCCCCAGUGAAGGAUGGUAGCAGUAGCUUCGGGAUUCCUUCCGAAAGCGAUGAUCAACCGGGACCGAGCAGCAGUAGGGGUAGUGGGGCUUCCUCUAGUUUGCUUGGAGCAGGAGGAGGUGAUGAAGCCGCUGGUGCGGUUGGUGGGACCGCGGAAAAACAGCAAACAUUGAGGGACUUCUUGGCUGCGAAUUUGGAGGCCCUACAAAACGAGGAAAUGUUUGCCGUCGUUCCGUUAACAGAUUGUCCGCACCUCAAGGAACUUAACCCGGAUAAUUUGCCUGAAAAAAUAAGUACAAAAGCCCCGUGUGCCGAUUGUUCCUCGACCCAGGAGAACUGGGUCUGCCUGCACUGUUACCAGGUUUGUUGUGGGCGCUACAUCAACGAGCACGCCAUGCUGCACAGCUUGGAAGCGGACCACGCCCUAGCUCUCAGCUUCAGCGACCUUUCGGUGUGGUGCUAUCGGUGUGAGUCUUACAUCGACAACCCGAUACUGUACGGUUACAAAAAUCUUGUCCAUCAGGACAAGUUCGACGGUGAACAGCUGGUAUGGUCCUACGGGAGUGAUCUGUUCCUAGAAGUUGGUCCAUCGCCGACGUCACGCAAAGGACGGCACACAAAGGAAUGAUACUUAGUUCUGUCCAAAAUUGUCGUACGCAUGAUGAUUCUGUACUUGGUCAAUUUUGUGCUAACUUCCUACUUCCGCUAAGAAAAACACGGAAAAAUAAGGAGGCCGCCCACCAAUCGGGGACGGCACAACCACAAAAAAUUUUGUUAAACAUUUAUUUAUUGUUGAUCUUUUUAUCGCAUUCUCUCGGCAAUGCGAAUCGUGUUUUUUUAACCUUGAAGUAUUAAUUUUAUCGAUACACUUUUUUUACUGGCUUUUGCAAGUUGCUCGAUUUUACCCCCAUUUUUCACCUUCUUACGAGCUUAUAAACUAAAUUAUUCUUAAAACAACAAACAAUUCGGUCUCAUUAAUUCCAAAUGGUAAUCUAGAAAGACAAAUAAAAAAAACAAACGCAUAGUAACCAAUAGGUUUAAGGAAAACUAGCAACCUAAAAUUCCAAAAUUUCAUCAAUAAUUAGUUAUUAACCUCAACAAAAAAAACUAAAAUGUUAUGAUAAAAAUUUGAAUACGAAGCUAACCAAAGAAAAUGACUCAAGAUCAAGUGGAUCAAUGAUCAGCGUGGCUCAGGUUAAAAAAAAAAACAAAAAUUAAAAUACAAAAUUAACAGAAACAAUGCUCCAUCGAUAUUAAACUUCAGGAAACAUACACCGUUUCAUUAUGUUUGAAACAUCCAAAUUUCAGGUUAAGAA